UGGGUUUUCAAUAUGGCGUCACAACAACCAGGUAUCCCUGUGACGAGCGGUAGCUUCAUGCAGCGGAAAUCUGUCGAGGAAAUGUUACAAGAAGUUUCUAAAAGAAUUCAGAAUUUUGGACCAGGGCCCAUCACACCAGAACAAGCUCAAGAACUGGAAAAACUUCAAUUGAUUUAUGCAAAGCUAUUAAAAUCUCAAGGAGAGGUUAUAGUAACCACACAGAAUCCAGCAUCCAAUCUUGCACAGGCCAGCAUGGCAGGACAAAAAAUUCCAGGAGCGAUUCAACAAGCAGCAGCUACCCAACAAACUGUACAAAGAAUUGUCCCUGCAGUGGCGUCCAAUCAGGGGGCACGACCUGCUGUCCCAGGAAAUUUGCCUGUCACAACUACCGUCACAAUCUUACCACAGGGAUCCACUAUCCCAACGACGAUUCAGGUCUCAAGUUCAACUAAUUUGACUGCAGAACAGAUUCAGCAGAUCCAGGCUCAAGUGUUGAGUCAUGCACAAGCACAUGGACAACCUCACACAGUUCAAAUUACCUCACCAGUCACAGUAGGAGGCACCUCGGCAGCCGUCACCCAACAACAGCAGGUUGCCCAAGGCCAGGUAAAAGUUGUGACACCAGCAACUGGACAGACUCAUUUAGCACCUGGACAAAGGGUUGUGACUGGAUCUCCCACGCCUGUUGGUGUAACACCUGCUGGAAUCAAGUCAACACAAGGUAACCGAAUGCAAGUUGGUACUCAACCAGGAGUCAAGAUAGUUACCCAACCAGGCACAACACAAGCAGUUCCAAUACAGAGACUUGCACCAAACAAGAUUCAGAGUAGUGCUGCUAUUUCUACCACACAACCCAAUACCUCAGGAGUUAUACCAAACAUUGCUCCAUCAUCCACUGUUUCUGUACCCAAGUCUCUUGUCUCUCACGGAGGAAUAACGAAUAGGGUUGAAACAUCCAGCCCACAACCACAGCAGCCACUAACCAAGAGAAGAAUACAAGAACUACURCAUGAAAUAGAUCCCCAGGAACAAAUGGAUGAUGAUGUAGAAGAUCUUCUCUUGCAAAUUGCUGAUGAUUUUAUUGAGAAUGUUGUUAAUGCAUCAUGCCAGAUAGCCAAACAUCGCAAGUCAAACACAUUAGAAGUCAAAGAUGUACAGCUUCACUUAGAACGAUGUUGGAAUAUGUGGAUUCCAGGAUUUGGUGCAGAUGAGCUUAGGCCGUACAAGAAGGCAGCCACUACAGAAGCUCACAAACAGAGAUUGGCUUUAAUAAGGAAAUCUUUAAAGAAAUAGAAUUUUGCAUCAUUCUUAUGAAAGACUCGUCAAACCGGUGUUGGUUUGGCCCUAUUGCUCAAGUGGUUACGAGUUAGAGAAAUACUUGUUAGAUUUAGGGAAAUAUAUUGUCUGCUACAAGUAACUCUUCAGUAGAAUCAUAUACUAUUGAUAUAUCCACCAUAGGCUUGUCGCUAGAACCUUGAAAGGGGAGGUUCGGUUUUCUACCAAUCUUAGUUGUGCCAUUUCUYGAAAAACAAAAAAAUAGAGCUUAAACAUUAUUUCAUUUUCGUACUAUGAACCUUUAGGCCACCCCUAGUGACGGGCCUGCUUCAUAUGACCAAACAAGACUUUUUGUAAAGCUUUGUGACUUUUCUAAGUUAGAGUGCACACACUAAACCUGUGAAACAAAUACUAACUUUUAGUACUAAAUAGUGAUAAAUAAACAAUAGAAAACAAAGGAUUCUGUAUGAAAUAGUACUAAUUAGUACUAUUUAAUGUUCACGGAUUUAGUGCGUGCACUCUAAUAAGACCUGUCAUUACUGUGAAGAAAGUAUAUGUUCAACCAUGUACAUAACUGCUGAUGCAGAGGGAUUGAAAUUUCUAAGAGUAGAGAGGAUGUAUUGUGUAGAUCCAAAAUUACCCAUACCUCCCCCACAGGGGGGAUUGGGAUUUCCAAGGGGUGGGGAGGGUCUGAGGAGGGCAUAUUGUGCAAUUCUAGAAAAUAUCCAUACCUCCCACACAGACAUGCCUACCUAAUAGAGAGGUAUUGGUAUUUUCAAGGGUUGGGAAGUUGUCUAUAUUGUAAUAUUGUAGUUAAUGCUGCAGAACUAGGAAAACACCAUGACAUCAAGAGUACUUCAAAAUUACUGAUCACUCAAUCAUUCACAGCGCGCAAAACUCUGUACAAGUUGUAUUCAAGUUUAAAAUUAUAUCGUUAUAAUAUUUUACUACGUGUUAUGAUGUAAACAGCCUCGUCAACGUAGGGAGAUUCAUUUAAAUCACUGUAAAUAAAGAUAUUCCCCUUCC